AGCAUGUAAACCCCUCCAUAAACUACUCAGUAUUCAAAAGAAUCAAAACCAGAAGAAAGAAAGCUGGAGAGAAGAUGAUAACUGGAGAUGAUUUUUACAAGGUGAUGUGUGCAAUGGUGCCUCUGUAUUUUGCAAUGCUGGUUGCAUAUGGGUCAGUGAAAUGGUGGAAGAUAUUCACACCAGAGCAAUGUUCAGGGAUCAACAGAUUUGUUGCUGUUUUUGCAGUCCCAGUUCUAUCUUUCCACUUCAUAUCUCAAAAUAAUCCAUACCAAAUGGACACCAAGUUCAUAUUGGCUGAUACUCUAUCCAAGGUCAUAGUCCUUGUUAUUCUCUCAGUUUGGGCUAUUUUCUUUAAUGGAGGAUUGGAUUGGCUCAUCACUCUCUUCUCAGUUGCUACUUUGCCUAACACCCUUGUCAUGGGCAUCCCUUUGCUUAUGGCCAUGUAUGGAGAUUUCACUCAAAGUCUCAUGGUGCAGGUGGUGGUUCUUCAGUGCAUCAUUUGGUACACUCUUUUGCUCUUCCUCUUCGAGUACAGAGCAGCAACUCUCUUAAUCAAAACCCAAUUCCCAGGACCCACAGCUGCCUCCAUUACCAAAAUUGAACUGGACAACGACGUCAUCUCCCUCGAUGGCCGGGACCCACUCCGCACUGAAUCAGAAACCGACGGAAUCGGACGCAUCCGAGUCCGCAUCCGGAGGUCCACUUCUUCCGCCCCGGACUCCGUCUUAUCAUCCUCCAUCUGCCUUACUCCUAGACCGUCAAACCUUUCCAACGCUGAAAUCUUUUCCGUUAACACUCCUGCACCAUUUCACGAAUACAAUAUUAAUCCGAAUACGAAUAAUGGUUACAGUCAUUAUAACCACGGAGCAAACAACGAGAUAAUAAUAUGUAAUGGGGAUUUGGGUUUUGGGUAUCGGUCCGGAACUAGUCCAAGGUUGUCGGGAUACGCAUCGUCGGACGCUUACUCGUUGCAGCCGACUCCAAGGGCGUCGAAUUUUAACGAGCUGGACGUGACAAACGCUGCAGGUACGCCAUACUGGGUCAGGUCUCCAGUAGCCGGAAAAUUUUUCAGGCAUCCAUCCCCGGCAGUUCCCGAGGUGAGGAUGGUGUGGGGAGAGUCACCAGGAAAGGGUCAAAACGGUGGAACCGGUGGCGGCAAAGAUAUUACAGAAAAGGAAAUUAGCUUUAGAGACAGUUCCAAAACGACGGCGCCAGAGGAGACAAAUUCAAAAGAUGCAGCAACCGGCGGCCAAGAAAUGCCUCGUGCCUUUGUGAUGCUGAAACUCAUACUCAUUGUAGUCGGACGGAAGCUUUCCCGGAACCCAAAUACAUACUCAAGUGUCUUAGGCCUUCUCUGGUCUUUAAUCUCAUUCAAAUGGAAUGUGGGAAUGCCGAGUCUGGUAAAAUACUCAAUCAAAAUCAUAUCAGAUGCAGGGCUUGGAAUGGCCAUGUUCAGUUUAGGGUUGUUCAUGGCCCUUCAACCUCGAAUAAUUGCAUGUGGCAAGAAAAGGGCGACAAUGGGGAUGGCGAUCCGCUUCAUUUGCGGCCCUGUAGUGAUGUCAGCUGCUUCUGUCGCUGUUGGUCUAAGAGGGCUUCGGCUACGUGCUGCCAUAGUGCAGGCAGCACUUCCACAAGGGAUUGUACCAUUUGUCUUCGCAAGGGAAUAUGGAUUACAUCCUGACAUAUUAAGCACAGGGGUCAUUUUUGGGAUGCUAGUUUCUUUACCAGUAACACUGCUCUAUUACAUAUGCCUAGGCCUAUGAGGAGUAAAGAAAAGAAGGGUCAUCAUCCAAAGAAUUAUUUCAUCCAUGCAUGCAUGGCACAAUUGUUUGAUGAUCGAUCCAGCCAUUAUAUAGUCUGUGAUUAGCGAGAUCAGUGGCGUUUUUUUAUUAUUAUUACUGUAAACGUUGCUGUGCAGAUUGACUGGGAAAAGGGUUUGGAGGUCCAAAAGCCUUAAAAUAUGGUCAGAUUAGAAUGUGACAAGAAGAGAUAUUAGGUUAUAUUAUGGUCUGGUGUUAAUGCACUAAUUGUGCCCUAGUACAUAGGCUAGUGGUAGCCGAAAGGAAAAUGGAAAUUAUCAUGACUUACUAUGAUGAUGAAGGUAGGAGAGGAGACUCACUUUCAUGGUAGGAGGUGGGUAAAGUUGUUGCAUAUGUUUGACUCCAGUAAAGAUUUUUAUAUAAGAAAAAUUAAAAGAGAAAGAGAGAGAAUGAGAGAUGCAAAAUUGUAUUAUCAUUUCUACUA